AUGAGCAAUGCAAAGAUCUCGAGUGCACCUCAAUCCCUACCGAGGGAUGAACUUCCUACAACCUUCAGUACUCAGGGGAUUAACCUUGAAACAUUCCAUCGUCUAUUAUCUUGCUACGAAGCAACCGUGUCACAGGUCCAUCGACGCAAAGCAUUGCUGAAGCUCCAACCUAAAAAAGGGCCAAAAGGAAAAUCAGCAACCUCUUCCAUUCCCAAAACAGACCUUACCGCCUCAGAAGAAACACAGGUUCGCGAGCAGACAGAUAAGUUCCUGGAACUCGAUCGCUGGCGGUAUGACUCUUUGCCAAAAGCGGUUCUCGAGCGCAAAGCCAAUCAAUCCACUGGAUCAGAAGGUGCUUUGCUUCUCAAGGAGGAGCUUGUUUCCAUCAUGGACUGGAAGAUGAAACAUGGAGUCUUUCGUCCUGCUCUCAUGGGCAUGAUUAAAGGCAACCCCGAUAAAACAGUCACACAAGCUACAGCAGCUGCAUUUGCUUCACUUCCAGAUGCAGAUCCCUCUGCGCCACUUGCUGCCUUCCCCAAGUCCAGCUUGGACGCUCUCACUGCCCCACUCAGAGGCGUUGGUCCAGCCACGGCAUCUCUGAUUCUGUCAAUUGGCACGGGACUCGGAGAUUCCCAGAGCCAGGUGCCUUUCUACAGUGAUGAUGUGUAUCUUUGGCUGGUGCUGAAUGAUCUCCCUGAGUCCGCGGAUCAAGAGGACAAACCAUCGGUCCACAAGAAGCCUAGCGGGGAGCUGAUUGCCAAGUAUAAUGUGAAUGAAUAUCGCGAGCUAUGGAAUGCUGUGCAAGAGCUGCGUGCGCGUCUGAACGCCGAAGCCGGUGAUUUUCCGCCAGUAUCUCUCUUUGAUAUUGAGAAGGUUGCCUAUGUGAUUCGACAUGUCGCUGUUUCGGGCUUCGCUGCCGGACAACCUGAGACUCAGCCCAAGGAGCCAAGCGAAAGACAACUGCCAGCAGAUAAGUCCCAAGACACCGAGAGCAGUACAAAACGCAAGCCCAAGGCAGAGAUUGGGGAAGCUGAGACUGGGGAGAAGCCGGCCCCAAGAAGGGAAAGCAAACGGCUUAAGAAAUGA